AUGGAUCCACCUGCAAGAGGGCAACCUUAUGAGAUUCUUGCUCCAGAUGCCCGCUAUGUCUUUGUUUCUACAGAGGAACACAUCAAGGAAGUAGACUCUGCGCCCGACACAGUGCUCUCCCUCCAGGCAGCAUCGAAACAGAUGCUUCAACCUAAAUACACCAUGGUAGGCUUUAGUUGGUUCGAUCGGAGGGGAACCGAGGGUGUUGGUUUUGUUCGUGCUCUUCGGACACUCUUGACAAACAACCUACCAGAAGUUCUCCCACAACUUCGAAUUUCCAUUUCGACUCUGAUAGACGAGAUGCACGAUUCUCAUCCAGUUGUCAAUGGUGUUAAGAGCUCGCCACUGCUCCCUAUGGUUCUGAGACUCACUGCUAUCACCAACGCACGAGCCUUUUUUGGAAGUGAGCUGUGUCGAAAUGAAGAUUUCAUGCGCUCCGCAGUCAGGUUUAUCGAAGAAACUCUGGCAUUAGCAGAGCUAAUACGCUUGCUACCAACCGCUAUUGCUCCGAUGGUUGGGCGAGUUAUGGCAAAACAAUUGACCUCUCAGCGGGAGAUAUACAAGGCCAUGAUGCCCAUCGCUGAAGAACGAAUCCUCGAGAAGGCUCAAAAGCAGUUGGGCCACAAAGUACCAAUUCAUCAUGACUGUAUCCAAUGGAUUAUGGAGACGGCACCACGGCAGGCUCCGUGGUCGGCUGAAAGAAUCGUGCAUGAAUUAAUGGCUAUUUGGUUCGGAUCAGUUCAUGUUUUGUCCACGACCGUCUCAUUUGCAAUGCAUGAUCUCUGUCUCCACCCAGAGUACCUAGAGCCUCUUCGGAAUGAGCUCCAAAGUCUAGCUUAUGCGGAAUUCGAACGAGUGGGUAAAGGCCUCCCGCUUAUGGAUAGUUUUAUCAAGGAGUCUAUGCGUAUGACGCCUGUUGAGUCAAUGAGUACACGGCGCAUGGCAAUCCAGCCAUUUGAAUUCUCGAACGGCACGAAGCUCGAGGUUGGCGACUGGACGUGUACACCCCUCCGUGCAAUGUUGCAUGAUGAGCAGCACUUUACCGACCCAUUACAGUUCAAUGGCUUCCGAUUUGCGGACAGGGACUUACUUGCCAAUCUCACGAACUCGAGCUUUGGAUCUCAUAAAUCCCAAGAGCCAUCCCAGCUCACGGAUGUUAAUAAACACUGGCAUGUCUGGGGAACUGGACGUAUGGCAUGCCCUGGGAGAUUUUAUGCUGCUGCCGUUAUGAAGAUGAUUGUCGGACAGUUUAUCUUGAAGUAUGACUGCGAGCUCGUGGAUAAAGAUGCUUCUCGCUGGUUCUCUUGGCGUUCGUUUAUCUACCCUAGAUCGAAGACUCUUGUCGUUUUCCGCCCUGUUUCUGUUCAGUCCACGGAGAAGAUUUGA